CCCUGGCCAUGGAUUGAUUCCAUUCCAUUCAGGAAAAAACUUAACAACGCAGAUGAAAUGGCCAGCGAUUUUCCGCCCUUGGCCAUCCGGAUUUGGAUGCACAAGCUGAAGAAGGGCGCUGGCCAGCCGGCGGCGGUCCUGGAGCGCUCCCUGCUGAAUUUCAUGAGCGGUGAGGCAGCCAGUUUGUCGGUGAAAAAUGCCACGGAGCGGGGCAUCCUGGUGCCCAGAGCAGUUGGCUCGAGGGCCAAGCGGCUGACCCUCUCCUUCUGCCAGAAAGUUCCGCCCAGUUCCGCUGGAGAUUCCUACUGCUUCGAGUGCCAUUUGCCCGGAGUGGUGAGGAAGUGCGCAUCCUGCGAACGCUGCUUUCACGAGGCCUGCCAGCGAAAGGAUCCCGAGCAGCCCAACUACUCGGUGCCCUCGGACAAGGGUCAGCCCUACCGUUUUCCGGUCAGCGAAUCGGACAAGCAGCCGAGGAGCAGCACUCAGAACCUGGAGGCUCCCCAGACACCCACACCAAAACCCUUGCUCGAUCACAAUAGCAACAUCAAUCAGGAUGCAAUGGCCACUCCGGGAUUCUUCAAGCACGAGAGUCCCGAGUGGGACGACGAUGUCUUCUUUGUGAGCGAGCAAAAGGGCGCCCGCCAGCGAAAGCAGGCCAGGAUCAAGGACGAACUGCAGCCCAGCCUGGACAGCGAUGAGGGCAGCGAUCUCGAGCGCUGCACCCGCUGCCGUCUGCUCGCCCUGGCGGCUCUCCUCAAUCCACCGCAGCUGGAAAAGCAGGAACUGGGCUGCCUGCUGAGAUACUCCUGGGAUAAGCACUACUCCUGGAUCUCCAUGGACGUGACCAAGUACCUGGCCAAGCACUGGAACGAACGCGACACGACGCUGAUCAAGCGCAUCCUCUUCAAGACCAAGAUCUUGGGGCUGUCCGACAUCGAGCAGAACAUCGAGGCGGAGAAGUAUACGUACUUGGCGGAGUUUCUGAUGGAUCUGCUUGAUUUGCAGCACAACAUUGCCGUGUUCUUUGGGCCCAAGAGCGUUGAGUACAACGCGACUAAGUGGCUGCUGAGAGAUGUGACCCAUGAUAUCCGGGAAAUCCGCCGCUGCCCGGACUGCUAUAGGUACUCGAACGAGGCUAGUCUGUCCGAACUGUGGUUCGCCAAGCCCUGUCUCCAGCGGCACGAGUUGGUUUUCGCCAAGCAAACGGGCUCGCCACCCUGGCCUGCCAAGGUUAUGAGCGUGUCGAAAAGGCAGCCCAUCAAGUACGAUGUCCGCUUCUUCGGCGGCUCACAUUCCCGGGCACUCAUCUCUGAACGUGAUAUCACGCCCAUAGAGUCGGACAUUCAGUCGCAUAUAAAACCACGCAAUUCUAAGGCCCUCAGUGCCGCCUUGAGGGAACUGCAGUGCCACAUGAUGUUGUCCCACUAUUCCGCCUCGCUGUUUGGGUUCCAUGCUGAUCCCAUCGCUGCCGAGAAUCUCAUACAAGUGGCCCUUUCCCAUUGCACGAAAUCCACGGAAACUUCGACGACUGGCAAGCGAGGAAGACCUCCGACGCCGGCCACUCCCGGCGCUGCAAAGAAGCGAAGGCUACUCAAUGUCACCGCUGCUGAUACCCCAUCUCCGGUGCCCAAUCAUGGCAUUCCCGACUCCGUUACCUAUGAAAAUCUAACCGCCGAGAUACUGCAGGCGCACGAGAAUCUGCUCAAGUGCCAGAGCGAGCUGGCUGCCAUGCAAAGAAAGCUGGACGAGGUUAAGAGGAAACAGUGGUGCUAUUUCUGCCUGGAGGAAGCCGCCUUCGACUGCUGUUUCUCUGCGUCCUACUGCAGCGUGGAGUGCCAGCGACGCGAUAAGAAACGCCACCAGGCCACUUGUAAAGUCAAUCACUGAAAUAAGACUAAUGAGGGAAAAUAGGAAUAAAAGGUUCGAGAUUUUUAGGGUAGUUUUGUGAAACUGGAUUAUUUGCAAUCCAAAGUGAUAAAACUCUUUUCCUGCAAUCAUUUGUAUUAAAUGUAUCCGUUCUAAGAUAUUGCAAGUUAUUCCAAGAAAUAAAAGAUUGUUAAACAAGUA